UGGAACGCAUCAACCAAACUUGAAAUUGUGUCAAGUUAAACAAAUAGCCUCUCAUGUAUAAACAUACAAAUAUUUCAGAUUGAAAGUAAUAAAAUGGUUCAGGGAGACGGCACUCUUGCAGAGAGCGAGUAUGGCUCGAUCUUCUCCAUUUCGGGGCCUGUCGUUAUCGCCCAGGAGAUAAGUGGAGCUGCUAUGUACGAAUUGGUUCGAGUUGGGCACAUGAAACUAGUUGGGGAAAUCAUCCGUCUAGAAGCAGACACUGCUACUAUACAAGUAUACGAAGAAACAUCAGGCUUAACAGUUGGCGACCCUGUGCAAAGGACAGGAAAGCCUCUCUCAGUCGAAUUGGGUCCAGGCAUUUUGGGGUCAAUCUUCGAUGGAAUCCAGAGGCCCCUUGAGGUUAUCGCUAAGAUGACUGAAGACAUUUAUAUUCCUAGAGGUAUCAAUAUCACGUCAUUGGACAGAAAAGCUCUCUGGGAGUUCAACCCUACAGAUUUUACGGUGGGAAGUCAUAUUAGCGGCGGAGAUGUGUUCGGAGUUGUGCCGGAGAGUUCGCUAGUGCAAAAUAGAAUCAUGAUGCCUCCGAAUGCAGCAGGAACCAUUACUUACAUUGCGCCUCCUGGUCAAUACUCUCUGGAGGAUGUAGUCCUGCAGGCCGAGUUCUGUGGCGUGAAAUCAAACUACAAUAUGCACCAAAUUUGGCCUGUGAGGCAAAUUAGACCCUAUGUGGAGAAGCUGUCUGCCGAUCACCCGCUGCUAACUGGACAAAGGGUGCUGGACGCCCUGUUUCCUUGUGUGCAAGGAGGAACAACAGCCAUUCCAGGGGCUUUCGGGUGUGGCAAGACUGUGAUUUCCCAGGCACUCUCCAAGUACUCGAAUAGUGACGUCAUCGUGUAUGUCGGGUGUGGAGAGAGAGGAAACGAAAUGGCGGAAGUGCUCAAAGAUUUCCCAACGCUGACAAUGACGACGAAUGACGGAAAAACAGAGAGCAUCAUGAGGAGGACGAUAGUGGUGGCAAACACCUCCAACAUGCCAGUGGCAGCCAGAGAGGCCUCCAUCUACGCCGGAAUCACAAUCGCCGAAUACUUCCGAGACAUGGGUCUAAACGUCAGCAUGAUGGCUGACUCCACUUCUAGAUGGGCCGAGGCACUCCGAGAGAUCUCGGGUCGUCUGGCCGAGAUGCCGGCAGAUUCGGGCUACCCCGCGUACCUGGGAGCCAGGCUUGCGUCCUUUUACGAAAGAGCGGGCAAAGUGAACUGCAUUGGAUCGCCAACUCGAAAGGGCAGCGUCACUAUUGUCGGAGCUGUGUCUCCUCCGGGAGGUGACUUCACGGACCCCGUGACCACGGCCACUCUGGGCAUCGUGCAGGUUUUCUGGGGUCUGGACAAGCGACUAGCCCAGAGGAAGCACUUUCCCUCCGUCAACUGGAACAUCUCCUACUCCAAAUACAUCAAGGCUCUGGACGACUUCUUCGACAAGAACUACCCCGAGUUCCCUGCGCUGAGGUCGAAGGCGAGGGAGAUUCUGCAGGAGGAGCAGGAGUUGAGUGAGAUUGUGCAGCUGGUGGGCAAGAACACUCUGGCCGAGAAGGACAAGGUCAUCCUGGAGACUGCCAAGAUCCUCAAGGACGACUUCCUGCAGCAGAACGGAUUCAGUCCCUACGACAAGUUCUGUCCCAUGCACAAGACAGUGGGCAUGUUGAAGAACAUCCUGCACUUCCACCAGAGGGCCACUGAUGCAGUCACUCCCUCAGGUGACAAGAAGAGUAAGAUCACGUGGAAUGACAUCCGGGACAACAUGGGGGAGGCGGGAGGGGUGAUCCACUCGGUCACUUCCAUGAAGUUCCUCGACCCCAACGAACUCAGUCGCGAAAAGAUGGAGGUGGAGUUUGGAGGAGUACAGAAGCGAAUAGACGAUAGAUUCGCUCAACUAGUCGACGAGUAAUUAGAAGAAAUUCGCAAUUCUAGAGACGAGUGAAAUGGUAUGACAUAGGCCGCAUCCUAUUUAAUAGCGUGAAGUGAGUUACUGGAUCGUUGGGCAGACAAUAUUUUUAAUUACUAAGAACUUUUCCACGUGAAAAUAAUUUUGUUCAUUUCGAAGUUUUAUUUUUUUUGCGUGCUUCGCUCACUGAAAUAGUUUGUAAUAUUUCUAGCCAAAUUUUUUUUGUCUGCCCUUGGCUAUUGAGUACCCUUGGUAAAAAAACUGCGGCAAUGAUUGAAAGUUUUCUGCCUACAUUGGCAAUACGACGUGACUGCUGAGAUAGGAACUGUUGAUUACCUUUACAUGUUUUCUGAUGGUACCGAAUAAGUUUUUCUUCUAUUCCAAGUCUGAAAGUAUAUGCCCUUAUAGUUGUACUUUGUUUAUUAAUCUGAGCAUAAACCUCAGCUUUCAUAUUUAUCAAAUCGGAGCCAUGUAUUAACUGAUGAUUUGUUUUUUAAAUAUUGAAUAACUGUAUAUUUGGCAAUGUUAAGUUAGAAAUUAGACAAAUCGCUAUAUUAUAUACUUGCAUAUUAUUGCUGUCUUCUGACUGAGUUAAUAAUCAUUUUGAAAUUAUGGAACCUGCAUGAUACAUAUGAUUUAUACUGAUUCAAAUUCAGUUUUUUGCCUAUUCA